UCCAAAACAUGGCGGCAGCCAAGAGCUCUUUGGAAUUUCAUGCCAAGCGGCCCUGGCACUCAGAAGAGGUGGUAGAAGAUCCGGACGAGGACGACGAGGAUGAUCGCUGUGAAGCCGACAACGGGUUCUCCCUGGAUGAAGUGUUACGUCUUGGAGGCACCAAGCAAGAUUACCUUAUGCUAGCUACUUUGGAUGAAAAUGAGGAAGUGGUGGAUGGAGGCAAAAAAGGAGCAAUCGAUGACUUUCAACAAGGUGAAUUGGAAGCAUUUAUUAAAAGUCUUAGUUUGGCCAAGUAUGCUAAAGCGUUCUUAAUUGAAGAAGAUGAACCAGCAAAAAAAGAAAAUGCGAGCAAAGAAGUAGCAAAAGUAUCUAAAGUAGAUACUAAAAAGCAAAAUGCAACAGAAAGUGAAAAGACGUUAAACAGUAAGGUCAAAAAUAAGAAAAGGACAGAACAACUUUCUGAUGAGAACAACCAUACCAUAUCAAAGAAAGAGAAGCAAAAGGACAUGUAUGAAUUUUUUGAAAGACAAACAUUGUUAUUCAAACCUGGAGGCAAAUGGUUUGAUUUGGAGCAUAGCAAUGAAUAUUCUUUGGAACCCCAGCCUCAGGAUGUGGUAUCUAAGUAUAAAGCUUUGGCUCAGAGGUUGUAUGAGCAUGAAGUCAACUUAUUUAAAAGUAAGACAGAUAAUCAAAAGGGAGCCUCUUCUACCUGGAUGAAGACAAUUGUGUCAUCGGGGACACUGGGUGACAGGAUGGCAGCCAUGAUUCUUUUGAUUCAGGAUGAUGCUGUUCACACCCUCCAGUUUGUAGAAACUCUUGUGGGCCUUGUUAAAAAAAAGGGUAGCAAACAGCAGUGCCUCGUGGCUUUGGACACUUUCAAAGAGUUACUAAUUACAGACCUUCUGCCAGAUAGUCGAAAGCUACGGAUUUUCAGUCAACAUCCUUUCACCAAACUAGAACAGUUGUCCAGUGGCAACAAGGACUCAAGAGACAGAAGACUGAUACUAUGGUAUUUUGAACACCAGCUGAAGCUCUUAGUGGCUGAAUUUGUGCAAGUCUUAGAAACUUUGAGCCAUGAUUCAUUAGUGGCCACUAAGACUCGAGCCCUUACGGUGGCUCAUGAGCUUCUCUGUAACAAACCUGAGGAAGAAAAGGCUCUUCUGGUGCAGGUGGUGAAUAAACUGGGAGAUCCUCAGAACAGAAUAGCCACAAAAGCCUCCCACCUGUUAGAGACAUUGCUUUGUAAACAUCCCAACAUGAAAGGAGUUGUGUGUAGUGAAGUGGAAAGACUACUCUUUCGCUCAAAUAUAAGCCCCAAAGCUCAGUAUUACGCAAUUUGCUUUUUAAAUCAAAUGGUCCUCUCCCAUGAAGAGAGUAACUUGGCUAACAAAUUAAUAACUCUUUAUUUUUGUUUUUUUCGGACUUGUAUCAAGAAAAAAGAUAUUGAGUCAAAAAUGCUUAGUGCCCUUUUAACAGGAGUGAAUAGAGCAUACCCUUAUGCUCAGGCUGGUGAUGACAAAGUGAGAGAGCAGCUUGACACACUGUUUAAAGUGUUGCACGUUGUGAAUUUUAAUACUUGUGUGCAGGCCUUAAUGUUGCUUUUCCAAGUAAUGAAUUCUCAGCAGUCAAUAUCAGAUCGGUAUUAUGCAGCACUAUACAGGAAGAUGUUGGAUCCAGGGUUGAUAUCAUGUUCCAAGCAAGCCAUGUUUCUUAACCUUGUCUACAAGUCUCUGAAAGCUGACAUCGUGUUGCGCCGGGUGAAGGCUUUUGUGAAGCGGUUACUUCAAGUUACUUGUGAACAUAUGCCACCAUUCAUAUGUGGAGCUCUAUAUCUUGUGUCUGAGAUCAUUAAAGCAAAGCCGGGUUUAAGAAGUCAACUAGACAAUCACCUGGAGUCUGACGAUGAAGAAAAUUUUAUUGACAUAGGAGAUGAUGACAUAGAAAAGUUCACUGAUGCAGACAAAGAAAUGGAAACACACACAGUUAAAAAAGUUGAGACAGAAGAAACUAGGUCUGAAAGUCCUAUGAAAACCAAAAAGCUACAGCCUGCUUCCUGGGUGCACUUUGAUAAUUUGAAGGGUGGCAAACAGUUAAAUACAUAUGAUCCAUUCAGUAGAAACCCUUUGUUCUGUGGGGCUGAAAAUACAUGUCUUUGGGAACUCCAAAAGCUAUCUGAGCAUUUUCAUCCCUCUGUGGCCCUUUUUGCAAAGACUAUCCUUCAGGGAAAUUAUAUUCAGUAUUCAGGGGACCCACUACAGGAUUUCACGCUAAUGAGAUUCUUGGAUCGAUUUGUAUACAGAAAUCCAAAGCCACAUAAAGGCAAAGAAAACACAGACAGCGUUGUGAUGCAGCCAAAAAGGAAACAUUUUAUAAAGGAUGUUCGUAAUCUUGCUGUGAACAGUAAGGAGUUCGUUGCAAAAGAAGAAAGCCAAAUACCAGUGGAUGAAGUGUUUUUCCAUAGGUAUUAUAAAAAAAUUGCUGUUGUUAAAGAGAAACAAAUACGGCAUGCAGAUGAAGAAAGUAUAGAAGAUGUGGAUGAUGAAGAAUUUGAAAAAAUGAUUGACACAUUUGAAGAUGAUAAUUGCUUCAUCUCUGGAAAGGAUGAUCUUGAUUUUGCUGGCAACAUGAAAAAGAAAACAAAAGGAACUAAGGACAGUUCAGAAGAUGAAGAUUCAGAGCGUAGUGAUGAUGAUUUCAAUAACUUGGAUGAUGAUGAAGUUUCUUUAGGAAGUAUGAAUGAAGAAUUUGCUGAAAUUGAUGAAGAUGGAGGAACGUUCAUGGAUGUGUUAGAUGAUGAAAGUGAAGGCAUUCCAGAACUUGAUAAUGAAGUCAGCUCCAAACUCAGUACUAAGAGAAGCAAGAGAAAACAUGUAAAUGAUAUUGAUUUUGCUGGGUCAUUUCAAGGACCAAGGCAGAGAAAGAAAAGAAAUUUCAAUGACUCCAGCCUCUUUGUAUCUGCUGAAGAGUUUGGCCACCUAUUGGAUGAAAAUAUGGGGUCCAAAUUUGAUAACAUUGGUAUGAAUGCCAUGGCUAAUAAAGAUAAUGCAAGUUUCAAACAGCUCAGAUGGGAAGCUGAACGUGACGACUGGCUACACAACAGAGAUGUGAAAAGUAUCAUCAAGAAAAAGAAAAAUUUCAAAAAGAAGGGACUGAAACCCACUCAUAAAGCUAAAAGGCAAAGAAAAUGAGUGUUUUUAAAAUUAACUAUAAUCUAAAAUUCUACUUACUCCUAAUUUUUGCUGUUCAUCCACUUUUCUUGAUCUUGCUCUCUGAUUCCAUACAUUCCAGAAUGUUCAAGGGAUUUAUAAUAAACUAUAAAUAAAAUAUAGCUGUCAUUUAUAAAAUCAUGUGAAAAUGCUAUUAAAAUUUUUUGCUAUUGAGAAAAUCAAACUUUUUCCCAGAUUCCUACAUAGUAAAUAAAAAAGAUAUGAUACAUAUUUAAUGUGCAAGCACUAGUACCAUGCUACUAAUUAUUGUAACGAGCACUACUUUUUAAGCAGUGUCUUUGUACCAGAUAUUGAACUGAGUAAUUACAUAAUGUUACUUUGUUUAAUUAAUCCUUACAGCGGUAUUUUGAGGUGGGCAUUAUCUCAUUUGACAGAGAAAGAAACAGCUCCAAGAAGUUAGCAAAUCUAAGAUCAGUUUUUACUUUUUAAGCUGUGGUUUGAUUCCAUCACAACCCUAACUAUUCCAACGGGUAUGUUGUUAGCCACUGUAUAAGAAUUAAGAAUCCAGACCAUUAGAUAACUGCCUACAGAUGAAAAUUUUCUCCACUAUAUGGUCUCAGAAUCUAAAAUGAGAUGAAUUGUGUUGUUGGAAGUUGACAUUGGAAAACAACGGUCAUUUUAGCUCUUAAUUAGUUGAAGAUCUUAAAUUAUUCCUUAAUCUGUAAGAUACCUGAAAA